CAUAGAUAUAAAAAUACGUUGACAACUAUAAUGAUAAAAUGGCGAGUUAGUAUGUGUUGAUUGUUAUUUUAAGAUUAUUUAUAAUCUGAGUGUAGGAAGAUUUUAAUUUAACAAAUUAAUAAUUCAUACGUGUUAUUUGGUUUUUACAUUCAUAUGCCAUGAAUUCAUUUGAUUCGAUUGAAUUUACUCAAUGUGUUUCUAAACUUUCCGAUGAAGAUCGCAAUUGUACUGCUAUUGAUGAAACUACCGGGGAAUUUUGCGGUGAAACUGAGACUUUAAAAAUUAUCGAUGAAUUUCAAAAAUUGUAUGAGACACGUAUUGAAAAUGUUGAUCGCGAAUUUGAAAAUAAAUUUGAUCAAGUUUGUAUGAAAUUAGAAAUUUCAAAGGAAUGGAUUAAAAAUUUAAAAGAACAAAACAUUAUGCUAGUACAAGUAGUAGAGGAUUUAGAACAAGCUGCUUGUAACAGAGUUAAAUUAUUAGAAGAAAAAUUGAAACAUUCAUCAAUGUUAGUUUCUGGAAAUAUGAAAAAGUCAACGAAUACAGAAAAGACUAUAAGUACACUUUUAAAUCGUGUAAGUAAUUUAGAAAAAGAUGAAGAAUGUAUGCAACAAAAAAUUGAAUUUCUUCAAAGUGAUAUUAGAGGAUUAUUAGAAUUAAUACGGCGUGCUGCACAAGAAAAUCAUUGGACUUUGGAUGAUAUAAAAUUUUUUGAAAUUCAACCUAGUGAUAUACCUGUUCCUACUAAUUGUACCUGUGAUCAGGAAGAUAUAAAUCACAAAAAAGUACAAUCUUUAAAAUUGCAAAUAAAAAAUUUUGAAGAAAAUGAAAAAAAAAUGAUUGUACACCAAAAAGAAUUAGAGGAUAAAUUAAUUGAUCUUAAUGCAAAAUUACAAAUAAAGGAAGAUACCAUUAAAACAUAUGCUUUUCAGUUUCAAAAUCUUAGUGAUAAUCUUAGAAGACGUGUUAAAUUUACAGAUCAAAUUGCAUGCAGUACAUUUAUAGAAAAUAAUCAAGAAACUUUUGAUAUUAUGUUAAUGGCUGAUAUUGUGGAAAAUCUAUUACUUGAAAAAGAUGUAGAAAUAAAAAUUUUGCACGAACGUUUACGCGACGCGAAAUCUAAUUUGGCAAUAACAAUUCGCGAUAGCGAUAUAAAUUUGAAUAAUUUAAAGAUUCAGUUGAAUGAAAAGUACAAGACAGUUCAAGACAUAGAGCAACAGAUGGCUAAUCUUCAAAAAGAAUCAGUAGAGAAGCAAAGUGUUUUAACAGCUGAAGUGAUGGAAAAAAAUGAAAUAGUAACUUCUCUUCAAAAAGAAAUGACUACAUUGCAAGAGCAAUGUCAUUAUGCAAAUAUGCAAAUUCAUUUUAAAGAGGGCAUCAUUAAAAAAAUGCGAAAAGAACUAAGACGAAUAGCUAAGUGUCUAUAUUCUAGUUUCUUUUCUUCUACUCAUAAUUGUUAUAACAAAAUUACUAUUGAUAAUCAAGAGAUGGAAUUUUUUUGUAAAUUAUGUGAAAAAAUUAUUGUAUCAAAAAUGAUGCAAACAUCUACAAAGCAUAAAAAUAAUUCUAUUUUACAAACUUAUAUUGAAAAUAUUUUGGAUUGUAAUAAAUUAACAAAAAAUAUACCUACAAUGAAAACAAAAGAAAAUAAAACAAUAGAUUAUUGUGCGAACACUGAGUUUAGUAAAAUUAAUAUGUAUACAAAAUUUCACAAUAUUGAUAAAAAAAUUUUGAAAUACAGCAAAAAAUUGCCACCUUUUAAUAUAUGUAAACAAUCUUUGGACAACAAAAAUGAUAUUAAAAAUCCAAGGAAUUCUAUAAGUCAACAGGAUGAAUUAAUUGGAAUAAUUAAUUCUUUACUUCAAAUAGAAAAUGAUAAUCUUUUUCAUACAGAAAAUUUAAAUUUAUUACCAAAUACAGAUAUUAAUCAAUUUAAGUUAAUGGAUAUAUUUAGAGAAUGUGCUGUUGAAGCACAAGUUACUAUGGAAGAUAUCAAAGAUGAAAUAAAUAUGAUUGUUUCUUCCUUUAAAUGUAGACAUCAAAAGUAUAUUGAUUUAAAUAAAGAAGUUUUGAAUGUACAAAAUCAGUUAAUAAAAUGUCGAGAAAAAAUAGCAAAUGUGAUUAAUAAAUUACAAUUACAAGAAGAAGAAAGAGUAAGACAUAAUGAUAGAAUUAUUUCAGGAGAGAAUAAAUUGAAAGAUAUAAAAAAUGAAAUAAAUAUUACUCAAUCUCAAUUAAGUCAUGUCAAUGAAAUGCAGUCUAAUGAAAAUAUGUCAUAUUGUGUAGAAGACAUAUCUAACUGUACAAAUAUAUCUAAUUAUGACUUAUUAUGUUCAAUAAUUGAAGAAAUAGAACAAACAUCAUCUAGUUUGCAAAUAUUUCAAGUUCAAGGGUGUUGUAUAGUAAAAGAUCUUGAGAAGUUGAAGAAUCAAUUUUGUGAAGUAGAUUUAUCCACAAAAAAAUUACAUGACAAAAUAGAUGAAACAUUGACAGAACAUGAUAUAGUAGAAAUAACACUAUCACAAAAAGAACAGAAAUUACAAAAAUUAGAAGAAGAAGUUGAUACAAUUCAUUUAAAAGUACAAGAUAUAUUAGAAACAUUUUUUUCUUCAAAAGAACAUAUUUUACAUGAAGUGUUACAAACUAAACAAAGUGUGAACAAGUUAAGAAAAGAAUAUGAUGAUUUAAAAUAUAAACUAUCGCAAAAAUCACUUAAUUCAGAAUGCGAUAAAAAAACAUGUUUAUGGAAAUCUAGAGUAACUGAUUUACAAGAUCAAGUUAAAAUAUUACAACACGAGGCCAAAUGCAAUGAAGAAGCAAAUAAUUUUUUAAGAAAUAAUAUUCAAUCAUUAGAAGAAGAGCUUCAUAUAAUACAUGGAAAAGCAGACAAUUAUAGACGAUCUCAUUCUAUAAACAACAUGAAAUUAAAAAAAAAAAUCAUAGAAUUAGAAAAUACUCUUAAAUUUCAAAAAGAAAUUGAAUGUACUCUUAGACGUGAAUUGAAUGAUAUCGAAAUUGAAUUAAAAAAAUCUAAAGAAUUAUUAAAUUCUUCCCACAAUGAAUAUAAUAUGGAAGAAACUUUGUUGCAAUGUAGCUGUUAUCAAUUUAGACAUGAUACAAUGACAGCACAUCAAUUAUUUAAAAAAUUAAAAAAUAGCAUAAAAUGUACAAAAAUUGGUCUUCAAGAACUUAAAACAGAACUUAAAAAAUUGAUUUGUGAAGAUUCUAAUUGUUGUUCUUCUGCAAGAUCAUUAAUGAAUUUAUUGGAAAUAUUACAAAAACAUGAAAGUGAAUUAGACAAUUGCUUUCAAGAAAUUGAAGAACUCAAAAAUGCAUUAUAUUCCAAAGAUAAACUUAUAGAAAAUAUGAAGGAAAUUAUUGAUAUUCAAAAAGAUUCCAUUGUAAUGACACAAACUGAAUUGAAAGAACUUCACCAAAAAUAUCAGGAAAAGAUCGAUAAUCAAAAUCAAAUAAUUUCUCAAUAUGAGAAGGAAAAGAAAGAUUUAUCAAAACAGAAUGAACUUCAAAUUCAAACUAUUGGUCAUUUACAAAAUGCUGUAGUGGAAGCUAAAAAAUGUAUAGAUCAAAUGGGAAAUAGAACAUCUGAAGAAAAAAUUGAAACUAUUCGCUUAUUGAUGAUAUAUGUAGAAGAAAUUCAAAGUCAAUAUAAUGAAUGUUUUGCAGAGGCAGCUAAACAAGACAAAUUGUUAGAGCUUCAACGAAAUGCAAUUCAGGAUCUUCAACAAAAAAUUAUUUCCAUGGAAUACAAUAAUUUCUUAGCUAUUAAUUUUAUUCAUAUUACACAUUAUUUCAUUUUAAAAACAAUACAGGAACAACUGGAAAUUCGUAUAAAUGAUAUUCAAUCUCUGAAAAAUGAGAUAGAUACUCUGAUACAAUCAAAAUGCUAUUUGGAAAAUAAGUAUUUAAAUACAAAAAAACUAUGGCAAGAAGCAGAAGAAAAAUUACAAGAAUUAAGAAAAGAAACAUUAAAAACUGAAUAUAAAAUAAAGAUUGGAGAAGAUAAAGAAUGUCAAUACAAAAUAGAAGUUAAAGAUAAAAGCUGUAUUACUCAAAAUAUAUUUGAUUAUGAAAAUAUAACAUAUGAUAAUAAAAAACAAUGUACAAAUUAUUCAUAUGAACAUGAUUUACAAACAGAAAUUGAAAUUUUAAUUAGAGAAAAUGAAGAUAUGAAAAAGCAAUUACAAAAAUAUAAAUUAGAUUUUGACAUAAUUGAUAAAGAAUUGAAAACAGAAAGAGAAAACGAUAUUUAUAUUCAACAGAUUUCAUUUGAAUUACAGAAAUUAAGAGAUACAGAGUGUUGUUUACAAUAUGAAAAUGAACAACUUAAAUCUGACUUAAAAAAACAAACAAAAAAUACAGAAGAUUUAUUGGAAAAGUUACAGUCUACUCAAGAAAGUAGCACGAAAUUUGAAAAAUUAUUAAAAAAAUUAGAAGACAAACAAAUACAGAUUAAUGAUUUAUGCAGUCAAAUUUCGAAUAAUGAAAUUGUUAUAAAAAAACAAACAGAAAUUAUUGAAGAAUUUGAAAAAAAACUAGAUGUAAAGAACCAACAAAUCAAAGCAUAUUUAUCUGAAUUAAAUGAAGCAGAAGAAGAAAUGUCAACUUUACAUGAAAGAAUACAAUCUCUAAAAACAAUGUUAAAAGAAAAAUCAGAUAAUAUGGCUAAACUUCAAGCAGAUUAUGAAGUGAUAAAGAAUGAUAAUUCUAUAUUAAAAAUGGAGAAUAGCAACUUUGAGGAUAAAACCAAAGAAGAUAUUUGUCAAUUAAAAAUCAUGUUAAAAGACCUUCAAAUGCAAUUAUGCUUUACUGAAAAUAACUAUUGUAGAGUUACCGAAGACUUUAAUAAAGCACAAGAACAAUUAAUCAUAAUGACAAAACGGGAAGCUGAUUUACAAGAAUGUUUAACAAAUAUGGAAAGAGAUUAUUGUUUAAAAUUAUCAAGUAUAGAGAAAGAAAAAGUUAUGCUUGGAAAUUGUUUAGAUAAGCUCAGAGAUGAAUUAGAAGAAAUUCAAACAAGUUAUUCAUCAAAAAGUACUGAACAUUGCAAUCUGCAAGAUAUUUGCAAGUCUUAUGUAGAACAAUUAGAUAUUUUACAACAACAGAUUGAAAAAGAAAGAGAAAAAUUUAAACAAAUAGAAGAAUCAAAUCGCUGUAUAAUACAGCAAUUACAAGAAUACAAAGAACAAAAUAAUGAUCUUGUUAAGGAAAAAUCUAUAAUAGAACAAAAUAAUUGUGAAAUUAUUUCAGAAUUACGAGAGACGCACAAAUCCUUAUUGGAAUUAAAAAGAGAAUGUCAACUGAAAAAUAAGUCUUUGGCUUGUAUAUCAGCAGAAUUAACAGAAACAGCAAUGAGUAGAUCAGAACUUUGUAAUCAAUCGCAAUAUGUUGUUUCUUGUAUACGUAUUUGGAUGGAAGAACAACGAGAAUAUGUAAACAAACUUAGUGCAAAAUUAAAAUCUCAACAACAGGAAUUAGUACAAAUUGGAUUUGAGAAAAAAGUAUUAAUAGAUGAAACAAAGCGGUUAAGACAUAUCAAUCAUGUAUUAAUGCAAAGAUUAAAAAGAGUAUAUCGAUAUAGUAAUAAGAAUGUUAGAAAUGUUUGUGUAGGAUGUCAAAUAUUACCAAAAAAUAUUGAUACACGUUUUCCUGUAAACUCCAAAUAUUUAUCAUCACAGAAGAAACUAAAUUUCAUGAAGGCAACACGACGUAUUUCAGUGUGCAAUAAUGGUUGGUUGUUUCCUAAAAUGAAAUAUUUAGUAAAUGAAUUACAAAAAAAUAAUAUAGAAUGUAGUGAAAACUGUUUUAACAGGAUGAAUACAGAUGUAAGAUUAGAAGAAAAUCAUGAUUGCGGUUAUCAAUCAUCUACGAGUAAAUGAUAUGUAGAAUUGCUAUUAUCUAUUAGAAUGAAAAAGAAUUGUAUUUUGUAAUACACAUACAAAUGAUUAAAUUAUUAAUUUAUCAGACUA